CGAACCUAUAAGAACUCAAGAGUCUGAGGGAGGGGAGGUCCCCGCCUUGGUCCUACAGCUCGGCAUAACUUUGGACUUGCGGGUUCCUUGGAAUAUUGUGACUUGCAGCACGGUUAUCUUCGUCUGCUGGACUUGCAUCCAGCAUGCUAAGACUAAUAUUCUUUUUAUUGAUUACUUCAUCGGCAUGGCAAUUGCUAGCAUUGCUAUGGAUGCAAUACACAUGACAUUGCUGGUCCGACCCCUUCACACCUUUCGUCAUCGGAAGCAAACACGGUCGGCGCACGAACUCUCUUGGUCCAAAAGGUUCAUCUGGGCUGCGCAAUUGUGUGGUUCACCCAGAGGAGUGGGCUGGAAUCAUCAAGUGAAAAAUCUGCCUGAGCACUCCGCAAAAUCAAGACAAGAAUUUGUCCUUUCGCGUCUAAUGAGUGCAGCUAGGCACUUCGUGUGGUUCGACUUUGCACAAUUCUACAUAAGGCACAAUCCGGCAUACAAGUCCGCUACAGCAUUCGCAUCUCAGAAUUUCACCCGUCGCAUUCUGGCCUGUGGUGGAUAUUUAGUGUUCUAUUAUUGCUUGGGUGUUAUCAUCCAUUCAUUGAUGGCGGCUCUUGCUGUAAGCUGCACGUCGUCUGAGCCGAGCUCGUGGCCCAAUUUCUUUGGGAAAUGGGAGGACGCAUAUACCAUCAGACGAUUCUGGGGUCGAACUUGGCAUCAAUGUUUUCGACGCUUCCUGGUUCCCUUUGGCCAGAAGAUAGCAUCACUUCUUGGUUUCAAACCCGGAACAAAUGGAUCGUCCUACACUCAACUGUACACUGCCUUUUUCAUCUCUGGCAUUACUCAUAUAGGAGGCGACGCAGUGCUCAACUCCUCUCGCCUUGGCAUUUCGAGCCCUUUCUUCCUAUAUCAGGCAUUCGCCAUCACGUUUGAGGAUAUGAUCAUAGCUGCUGCUCGGCGUGCGGGAGUGACAGAGACGAAGUGGACGCGUAAGAUGGGAUAUGUGUGGGUAAUUUGUUGGUUCAUUGUUACUGCGACGCCAUGGGUCACUGCUGUGGGCAUUGCUGGGGUAGAAGAUGGUGGGGCAGUGCUCCCCUCCAAAAAUUUUCCACCUUCGUUAUGCGACGUUCUCGUCAGAUAUGUGGGCAUUUAGUUGAGUUCUUGUAUGCUUAGGCUUGCCCACUCUCUUUUGGUGCGCGUCGCGUGAAUGCUGAUAGUUACGCCUCUAACUCGAGUACCCUGAUUUACUGUUGUGAUAUAUGCCCACAUAAACAUGUUUUUUGCCC